CGGCCACAUAAAUGCCACUUGUGCACCCAAAGUUUCUCAGCAAAGGGGACAUUAAGUAAUCACUUGCGCACCCACACAAGCGAGCGGCCGUAUAAAUGCCACUUGUGCACCCGAAGCUACCGUGCAAAAUUCAACUUGACUGUUCACCUGCGUGUUCACACGGGUGAGCGACCAUAUAAAUGCCCUUCAUGCCCCCGUAAAUUUUCAGAAAAGUCCAGCCUGAAGACGCACAUGUGCAUCCACAUGGGUGAGCGGUUGUAUAAAUGUCACAUUUGCCCUCAAAGCUUCUAUCAGAAAUCCAGCUUAAAUAUUCACCUGCGUGUUCACACGGGUGAGCGACCGUAUAGGUGCCCUUCAUGCCCUAAGACAUAUAGACAGACUGGCCACCUCAAGAGACACCAGCGUCAGCAUGAUCACCAGUGGCUGACUGAAGAAGAAAUGCAAGAGAACAAUGCAGAUCUUUGGCAUUCUGAUGAUCCCAAGUUUAUUGGCAAUGAUGCUUACAAUGGCAGCAACACAGAGGCUUCGGGGUGUCUCAUUGGCUCAGCGACUACAGAUGCUGCGAAGUCACAUCGGGCACGCCGUCACAAGUGUAACUCGUGUGACUAUGAGACUGAUAAUUCAUGCCACCUGAAACGACACGUUAGGGUUCAUACAGGCGAGCGGCCGUUUCAUUGCCGUUUCUGCCCACAUAGCUGCAAAUCAAAAUCUGCAUUGGACGAUCACCUGCGCACCCACACAGGCGAGCGGCCAUAUAAAUGCCACUUGUGCCCCCAAAGGUUCUCCCAAAAAUCCACAUUAAAUGACCAUGUGCGUGUCCACACAGGUGAGCGGCCAUAUAAAUGCCCUUCAUGCCCGCAAGAAUUCUCACAAGCGUCCAAACUAAAAAAGCACAUGUGCAUCCACACGGGCGAGCGGCCGUAUAAGUGCCCUUCAUGCCCACAGACAUUUAACCACAGUGGCAAUCUCCAAAGACACCUGCGUCAGCAUGAUCACCAGUAAACAUUUUAGUGAAAGUUCUGUCCUUGCUGUUUUUUUUUUUUUUUUUUGUAAAGGCACUUUUCACCAGUUGCUCCAGAGCUGAGCAGUGGUGAGCUACAUGGGAUAACAUCAAAGCGGUUCAGACAGUGGCUUCAUUAUUCUCCUUAGAGCAUCAUUAUGCCUCAGAAUAAUUCCUUUUUAGUGCUUUUUUACUGUGCUGUUUGCUCACCAUGUGAAUAUUAAAUAUGUUGUAAGCUGAAUGAAAACUUGUGUAUUUGUACUGGUGUAUGAACACACCUCUUCAUUGUCAACUUAUAAAUCUCUCCAAGCCACUCAUUUGAACACACAUGAAACUAUAGAAACCUUUAUAAUACUGCCAAGUGGGUCACUGGCCAGAUGUGUAAUAAUUGGUCAAAAUUGCAAGCACAUCCUUCAUGCUAUAUGGAAUUGCAUGCAGUUUGUUGCAUUGUGUGCAUUUUAUAUGGCGUGAUUGUAUGUAGUUUAAGGUAUCAUCACAACCUUAACGAAAACCAGCAGAUAAUGAAGCCAAGAAAGGUACAUUAUAAGAAACAGCGCAGGCACACGGGACUAGAAAGACAGACAGGACUUUGCUCUGUCUUUCUGGUCCCGUGUACCCGCGCUGUUUCCUAUGAUGAAGCCAUGCCAACAAGCUCAAGUUGAUACCCUCUUCAAGAAAGGUAUGUACAGGGGAUGUUAAUUGUAAUGUUUUAAGUGCAUUAUAGCAAUUGUGAUAAAGACAUGAAGAAAGUAAAGUGGACGAAAAGGCAACUUGCCGCCGGCAGGGACUGAACCUGCAAACUUAGGAUUACGCGCCCGGCGCCCGAUGCUCUUACCAAUUGAGCUACGGCAACGGCCCCCCCCCCCCGUCUACUUUGUCGGUUAUUCAUGUGCACACAAACCUAGGAGUGUUAGCGCUGCUUGUAGCCGUGAUGGCGAGUGUGCUAAAUUAGCAUGUAAAAUAAAACCAACACAGGUGCCUUGUUUUGUGGAAACUGGGCAACACUUCUUAGUUCAAGAGCACUUAACAGUGUAUGCACGAAUGGAAGCACCUAGUAUUUCAUCGUGCUCUUAGGAUCUCUUUCUUCUGCCUUGGCCAUUUCUUUUAAUUUUGCAAUUAGACUCAACUCCUCCAAUCCUGUUUUCUGACUUGGUGGUUAAUGAAUGGCAUUUUGUUGAACACAUUGAAACACUGUCGUAUAACUUCAGGCUCACCUAAUACGUCUCAUGUCCCCAGUCUUCAUAUGCAAGUUAACAAGCUAGUAAGAAUUCAAGUCGUUCAUUUGUGAAAUGUUACUUUUCAUUUGACACUGUGCCUUAAUUACUUAUGCUAGCUCUGUGUUAUCUGUGUUAGUGAUGCCUUCUGUACAGUUUCUUUGUAAGUGAUCAGAUGUGGCAUUUUCAUUUUGCGGUCAUUGUUUUGUUGUCUCCAUGUUGCCUACGUGUCAGAUUUUUUGCAGCUAUUUUCUUAUUGCUUAUUGUUAUUAUGUUUUAGAAUUUUCAUUGCCGUCUUGCAUACAAACAUUUUUGUUGCGUCUAUUAACUGUUUGUCUCUUUUUCACUGCUGUAUUUUUCAUCACACUUACAGUACUGUGUGUUGUCAAUAAUCUGCAUUCUUUGCAUUUCAAUGCUCGUGCUAAAGCUAUAUAAAAUCCUUGGCUCAAUAUUAUGCUUAAUGUUGUAAUAUAAGUUGAGUGAUGGCUCUUAUAUGCUCUUAUGUUGUUAUCAGUAAAUGAAUUUGCACUUAUGAAUUUUCAUCAGUAGCAACCAUUUUAGAAUUGCUGUGAUCUAUCUAGGCUGUACAGUAGUCAUUGUUCUUGUGCCAGGCCAUGAGACCCACUUUUUGGAAGCAAUGAAUCAUGUGAACAAUUGAGCACCAUAUACCCAGAGACCGAAGUAGACAAUGUUUUAAUCUAAACUGUAUCAUUUGUUUUACUGUGGGCUACUUCGGCAUAAAACCAUUGCUAUUGUACAGUGUCACUUGUAUUGUCCAUGAAGUAUUGAAGAGACUACUUGCUUUAAGCUAACUUCUUAAAAUCUAGCGUCCGUGAAAGCGUUUUCUUUUUUUUCGUUGUGGGCCAUUUCGUCAAAGCACGAUGGCAGGCUUGUUGGUUAGUACUCAUAAUGCAACGCAGUGUGUGACUGGAUGGCACAUAGAAUCAAUAAAUUUUAGUAUUUAAAUCAAUAAAAAACAGUGCGACAUCAUUGUCUCCGCAUGUCACCUUGCAUUGUGCUUUAGAUUUCAUGCAUGUUCCUCUUCUGCUUACGAGGCUUGCGAGCCAUUUGUUGUAUCAGUUGUCAUAACUGAAGUGUAGUUUGAUGUAUUGUACAUUGUACUCCUAUGUGUACCUUCAUAUCUACUCCCUGUAAUGGCCUGUGAAAGGCUGACAGUAUUUGAUAAAUAAAUAAAUAAAUAAUAUAGAUGCAGCAUGUAUGUGAAAGUCUGAUUUUUAAGAAUAGGCCUGUGAAAGAUGCAUUGUUAGAGCAAAUAUGAUUCUCACAGCAAUAUUAUUUUGCUGACAUUGAUCCAGGUAACACUCCGAAAAGAAAUAACCGCUGUAAAAGCACUAAUUAGAUGUGAUAGCAGAGCCAGUUCGAAUUCCUCUGCAAUCGAAGACUACAUUUCAUGUAGCAGAAA